AUGACCUGGAGAGAUAAGAAGUUGAACCAACACGUUAAUCUCCUUCCCUCCAUAACAGACCCCCGCUACCCGGACAACAUCGUACAGCCUAAGGUGAAGUGCUUUAAGGAAGGCGUCUUCCCUCAUCCUAGAAACUGCAGCUGGUUCUACAGGUGUGUGGACAGGAUGAAGGUGGGUUUCUACAACACCUACCUGUUCGAGUGUGGCCCCGGCACCGUCUUCGCUGACGGCCUCGACCAGUGUGUCUUCCCCUUCAUGACGGCGCCUCCUUGUGGCACCCGAACGGGAGUGCCACCCAAUAGUACAUUAACUCCACGCCCACCCCUGCCUUCUACGCUAACACCAUCACCCUCUCCACCACCAACACCAACCCUCCAAGACCCUUCAAGACCCUUCAAGACCCUCCAAGAACCUUCAAGACCCUCCAAGAACCUUCAAGACCCUCCAAGAACCUUCAAGACCUUUGUCGACACUCCAAGACCUUUUAAGACCUUUCAAGACACUUCAAGACCCUCCAAGACCUUUUAG